AUGAAUAAAAAUAAACUAAAUAAAAAUAAAUUAGUUAAAAAUAAAGGCAAUAACUUAAAAAAAUUAUCAAAUGGGGAAUUAGAAAAUUUAAUAAAAAAUAAGAAAGAGGAAUUGAUUAGAACAAUUCAAAAAAAACAUCUUUUAGAAAAAAGAUUAGAUGAAAAAAAUAAUGAAUUAGACAGUUUUAAAAGAGAAUACAAUGAAAUAAAAAAUAGAAUAGAUUCAAUCAGUAAAGGUUGUGAAGAAUAUGAUAAAAAAGUAAAAGAAGAAAAAAUUACAAUAAAAAAAAAAUCUAUUUUUUAUAAUUUUCAAAAUUCGGAAGAGCUAAAAAAAUUAGAAAAAGAAAAAGAAGAUCUUAAAAAAUUGAUAGAUGAGAAGCACGAAGAAACAAUGAAUAACUUAAUGAAUUACAUAGAAGAACAAAGAAUUAAUUUAGAUAAUUUGAAAAACAAAAACUUCGAUGAGAUAAAUGAAUUAAAUAUCUCUUUUGAUUUAAAAAUAAGAAAAAUAGAAGAAAUAUUUACAAAAUAUUUAAAUGAGUUUGAAGAUGAUAAAAAGGAAGAAAUAGAUGAUAUGAUAGAGAAUUAUAAGAUAAUGGAAAGAAAUGAAAUAAUUUAUUUAAAAAAUUUAUAUAAUGAUCACAUUAAAAAUAUUAAUGAAAUUCAUGUGAAUGUACUUCAAAAUUAUAAAAAAUAUUACAUUGAUAGAAUAAAAGAAAAUAUAAGUAAAAUAAAAUCAUUAAAAAAAAAAAUAAGUGAGCUAGAACUAAGUGAUAAAGAAAUAAAAAACGAUUUAAAUAUAUAUAAUGAUCAAAAUUGUUCAAUAAUAAAUGAUAUUAAAGAUUUAGAAAUAAAAAGAGAAAUUCUUGAAAAAGAUUUGAAAUUUUAUUCAAAGGAUUUUAUUAUGUAUAAAAAUUUAGAAUUAAUUUACAAUGAGAAUGAUAUAUAUAUUAAAAAUUUGAAACUUUUUUCUCAAAAUUCAAAAGAAAAAAUAGAUGAAAUUGAAAAGGAAUACAAAAAAUUAUCUGAAGAUAUAAAUGUAGAAGUAUAUUUUGAAGACAUUAAAAAAAAAAAUAAUCUUUUAAAAAAAAAAAUUGAAAAUAUUGAUAUAAACUUAGAUGAGGUAAAUAAGCAGUUGACAUCACAUAUUAAUAAAAAUAAUAUAAAAAAAGAAGAUGUAUUAAAAGUUAAAAAGGGAAUUAAUGUUUGCCUAAAAACAUAUAACAAAGAAUUUGAUAAUUUGUUAUAUGCAGAAAAAAAAAUAAAAAAUAAAAUAAAAGACAAUGUGAACAUUUAUGAGAAAAAAUUAAAAGACCUUAAUAUAAAAAGGGACAAUUGA